CAGGAAUCCAGAUACCAUGUCAGCAUGACCCUCAAGUCCCUUGUGGUGUGGUUCUCCUGGCAAAGAACUGGCCAGACUCAUCUUGUAAUCUCCCUGCGUCUGUGCUGGUGAUCUGAGCUUCUGACAGUGGGAUCAGGAGGGGUGAAGGUAUUACAGAGAGAUGCAUCUGGGGCAAAGAGCCUCUCAUCUACUGUGAGGAAGGCCACUGGACAGCUUACAGGAACUGUGUUGAGCUCCGGAGUCUGAAGGAGAAGCAGGGGCUGUCAAAAUGAGUGACAACACCACUUUGGCUCCUCCAGCACCAAGCCAGGGUCCCACCACCCCCCGCAAAGGGCCGCCCAAGUUCAAGCAGAGGCAGACUCGCCAGUUCAAGAGCAAGCCUCCGAAGAAAGGUGUGAAAGGGUUUGGAGAUGACAUUCCAGGCAUGGAGGGGCUAGGGACAGAUAUCACUGUGAUCUGUCCCUGGGAGGCAUUCAGCCACCUGGAAUUGCAUGAGCUUGCUCAGUUCGGGAUUAUCUAAGGCACCAGAGGCUCUGCCACCCUCAUUCAUUAGCAUCUGUUCUACACUUGGUUACUUUGCCCUAGCCAUCUGCAGAAUCUGGAAAUUAGUAUUCACUAGCAGUUGUGGCCCUUAUGGGCCAUUUCUGAUCAGGUACUAUUGAGUUGUCAGUGUCAGAACCACUCUUGCAGCAUGAGUCUGC